AUGGCCAAGAUGAGUCUGGACCCCGUGCAGGUGAUGAGCGGACAGGUGAAGGAGCUCAAAGUUUCCCCCUCGUCCAACGGGGACAGCGGAGGAUCGUGGGAGGAGAAGGAGGUGACAGGGAGACGAGCCCGGAAGGUGGAGGGAGGCGUGUUUUUUCCAAAGCCGGAGAACGCGGUGACCGUCGCGGUUUCCACCCGCGUCUUGUUUCGGACCGAGCGGGAGCAGAAGGUGUUUGAGCAGAACGGGGUGGAGGAGUACCUGAGAUACCAAAUCGAACACGAGAACGAACCCUUCGCCCCCGGACCCGCCUUCCCCUUCGUCAAGGCUCUGGAGGCGGUGAACGCUCGUCUGCGGGAGCUGUACCCGCAGAGCGAGGAGCUGUUCGACAUCGUUUUGGUGACGUAUAACCACGCCCACGUGGGGAUCCGGCUCAUCAACACCAUCAACCAUCACAACUUGUUCAUCGAGAGGUUUUGUAUGACGGGGGGAAGCAGUCCUAUUGGCUACCUGAAGGCCUGGCAAACCAACCUCUACCUGUCUGCCGACGCCGAUAAGGUCAGGGAGGCGCUGGCUGAAGGCAUCGCGGCGGCCACCAUGUUCGUGACAGAGAAGCUGACGGAGGUGUCGGAGUCCCAGCUGAGGGUGGCGUUCGAUGGCGACGCCGUCCUCUUCUCCGACGAAUCGGAGCGCAUCUUCAAGGCGCACGGGCUGGACAAGUUCUUCGAACACGAGAGGGACAACGAGGACACGCUGCUGGAUCAUGGUCCCCUGAAGGGCUUCCUGGAGGCACUGGGGAAGCUCCAGAAGAAGUUUUACGCCAAAGGCCAGCGCCUGAACUGUCCCAUCCGAACAUACCUGGUCACCGCUCGCAGCGCGGCCAGCUCCGGGAUCCGGGCGCUGAAGACACUCAGGGCCUGGGGAUUGGAGAUCGACGAGGCCUUGUUCCUGGCGGGGGCACCCAAGGGCCCCAUGCUGGAGAAGAUCAGGCCUCACAUCUACUUUGAUGAUCAGAUGUUUCACGUGGAGGGCGCGGCUGAGAUGGGCACCGUCGCCGCCCACGUGCCCUACGGCAUUGCACAGAAACAUAACCAGAAACGGAACGAAACUUCGAACGCCGACCGUAGAACAUCCACAGCGAGAAGGUCGAAAUUACUCGGCGCUCGCCUCCUUAAACACACGGUCCGCCGCUGCUGUCCCGAGGAAGAGGAACCAGCCAGCCAGCAGCAGCUCCGCUCCGCCACCGCUGCCUCUCGCCCGCUGCUGCGUAACGAGCAGCAGCAGCAGCACCGGGAGAAGCACACGGAGAGCCCGCACCGCCGUGCAUCAGUAGCGCCGGGGAGCACGAGCACAUCACCCGCUGCGCCGGUCCACCACCGGCCCGUCCUGCGCACCGGACCCCCACCACACAUCCCCCCUCCUCCAUCCCCCGGACACCACCUCGGCUUCAUCGGGUAA